AUGUAUCCCGCUUCCCACAUACCGCAACCUCCUCAUACUACAGGCUUUUCAUACAAAGGAUUACGGCCUCGCAUUGAGCCGUCCCAGGUUCCAUCUCCCGUCGAAGCCAUCGAAAGGGACCGGAACAGAUGGCAGAAUCAGCCUUAUAUGACGCUGCCCGGACAGCUUGCCCCAUUGUCGACGACGGACUUCCAUGCACUUGAUCAAGGGAAUUCAUCGCCGAAAUUUGUACGAGCGUCAACAUGGGCGUUCCCUUGUACAUCGCGUCUAGCGUCAGAUUGUAGCAUUCCGUUGGCAGCUGUGUUCCAACCCUUCGCCGAACUCGACCCCAAGGAGGAGUCCGUACCGCUGGUGGAGACCUACCCCGCUCGUUGCGAAAGAUGUAGAACAUACAUUAAUCCGUGGUGUUCAUGGACGUCAGGUGGAGGGAGGUGGAAGUGCAAUCUUUGUGGUCACGAAACAGAAGUAUCCGCCGAGUAUUUCUGCAAUCUCGAUGAAAAUGGGAAUAGGAUGGAUCGACUGCAACGCCCAGAAUUACUGAAGGGUACGGUAGAUUUUGCCGUACCUGAUGAAUACUGGGCUUCCCAUCCUCCUGUGGGACUGACACGGCCAUACUUCUCGACGCAACCUCCACCGACUGGGAUAAGACAACCUCAGCCUCUAAACUAUGUGUUCGCUUUCGACGUUUCAAACGAGGCUGUCCAGUCUGGUUUCCUGCAGACAGCUUGCAACGCCCUAGUAACAAUUCUUUACGGAGGUGUCGAUGAGGAAGGAAUGCCGCUGGAUUCAUGCUUUCCCCCAGAAAGCCAAAUUGCCAUCUUCACUUUUGACAGGUGGAUACAUUUUUAUGAUCUAACGUCUGAUCAAGUCCCCAUGUUUAUUGCGCCUGAUAUUGAUGAAGUAUUUAUUCCCUUUCAUCACGGUCUCUUUGUAUCACCAGUUGAGCGAAAGGAUAUCAUUACAAACUUUCUGGACGCCCUUCCGGGACGAUUCACGGACAGUUAUGUCCCGGAAGCAGCUUUGGGCUCUGCCAUUCGUGUUUGCCAAGCUGCUCUAGUAGGGCGAGGAGGCCAAGUCGUGCUGUUUCAAAGUAUUUUGCCCUCCAUAGGUGCUGGCGCGUUACAGGGUCAACCUAACGAGUCCGAUUUGUACGAUACAGCUCAGGAAAAGAAACUUUAUAAACCACGCGAUCCAACAUGGACCCAGAUGGGAGAAGAGUGCGCUGAGGAUGGCGUUGGAGUGAAUAUGUUUCUAGGAAUGAGCAAAUUUAUAGACAUUGGAUCUAUUGGUGUCGUGUCGUCUCUGUCGGGCGGCGACAUAUAUUUUUACCCCCGCUUCGAUUCAACACGCGACGGGGUUGUUUUGCGUUCACAGUUACAGCGGCUUAUACACCGCAUGCUUGGCUACAACUGCAUGGUGCGGGUACGGUGUUCAAAAGGCAUUCGGGUGUCUGAAUAUUACGGCAACUUUCAUCGUCGCUCCCCCACGGAUCUUGAGUUUGGCGUGCUCGAUGCCGACAAAGCAUUUUCGGUCGUAUUGGAACACACAGGGUCACUCAAUACUCGUGAAUACGCAUAUCUCCAGUGCGCCGUGUUGUACACGACGGUGGAAGGUGACCGUCGUGUUCGGGUACUCAAUCUAGCCCUGCAAGUGGUAGAACUGGCAGGGAAUGUGUUCAUGUACGCGGACAACGAAGCUGUGGUGUGCCAUUUAAUGCGACAGGCUAUAAUGCAUACUAAGAAGUCAAACAUGACCCAUAUACGAGAAGACCUUACGGAGAACUGUUCGGCAUUGCUGCUUGGAUAUAGGAAUAAAUGCGCAUCUGUAACAGCUGCAUCGCAGUUAAUACUACCUGAAGCAUUCAGAUCGUUGCCUAUGUACACUUUAGGGAUAUUGAAGUCGAAGCCCAUCAAAGCUGGAACCGUGUCUUCGGACGUGCGGAAUUAUUACGCACAUCGAUUGAUGUCCGCGAGCGUUCGAAAUCUCAUCCAACAUGUCUAUCCGCCAAUGAUUGCAUUGCAUGACCUCGAUCAUGAAGUAGCGUUGCCUGAUCCCGUUACAGGGGAAAUAACAGUGCCCACUAUCACUAGAGACACCCAUAUGUGUAUGGAGCCAAAUGGGUUAUAUCUCAUUGACAAUAUGGAGGUCAUGAUAUUUUGGAUAGGUGCCAGCGUGUCUCCACAAAUACUUAUAGAUCUCUUCGCGGUAGAUGAUUUGCUGAACCUGGAUAUUCACUUGCCGAGGUUGCCUGUACUACAAACACGAUUGUCAUCGCAAGUGCGCAACAUCAUCACGCAUAACCGUUUGAAGCGGGGGUACACGCCGAAAAUGUUAGUGGCAAGACAGAACAUGGAAGCGGCGGAAAUCGAGUUCAGUGAUAUGUUGAUAGAAGAUCAAAACAAUGGAACGAUGUCCUACGUCGACUUCCUCACUGUGGUACAUAAACAGAUAAAUCAUGUGCUGACUGGAGGCUUCGAGCCCACGGCAAUGCGGUCCCCCUGGUAG